AUGUUUGCUUUCGACCAAGCCGCACUACCUCAGAUUACAACACGCAAAGCUCUCAUUGUGGUUGACUUUCAAAAUGAGUUCAUCGGCGAUGCUGAUCCAGGGCUGCCUGUUAAUCGCCCCGAGGGAUUUGUCAAACGUACAGCUGAAAUAGCAACCGCCUUUCGCUCUGCGGGAGAUGUCAUCUGGAUUCAAUCUCGGCUUGACAAGGCUCGUUCGAUUGAUGGCGAUCAGAUCAUAUUAUCAGAGAACUCACCUGCUUCGCAACCUACAUCUUCCCGAAAUAAGGAUAGGCCAAUUGCGACUGAGGCUUCUUCUGAUGAAUCCUUAGACCCCGAAGCUUUUUUAAGCCAUGAAGAGCCUUUACACGGCAAGGCUUCUUCUGAUCCGGGGAGCAACGUCCCAUUGGCUAUUGAGGAGGCCAUUCACAGCAAGGAUCUCAAAUUAACAAAGUCUUAUUACUCGGCGUUUCAUGGCACACAGUUACUGCGCGCUUUGCGUGGUAGAAUGGUUACUGAAGUUUUCAUCUGCGGCUCUCUUGCGAAUAUUGGUGUCUAUGCUACCGCCAUGGAAGCGGCCGGCCACGGUAUGGCCAUUACAGUCAUAGAAGACUGCUGCGGAUAUCGCCACAACAAAUCAGAGACUAAGACUCCAAGUGAACCACGGGAUGCAACGUCUGCUAAACGGGCAAAGGCUGUCGCUAGUACCGAUGAAGACAUUAUACAGUCCCUGUCUGGUCUCAAGUUAGAUUCCAGCCCAUCCGGCCCUAGCACUGCUGUAGACAAAGUCAACCAGGCCCCUGAAGUCAAGGCUGAAACUCAAGAGCCUCAAGAGGCUGCCACUGAAGUUGAAAAAGAGAAUGAGAAAGACCAACCUGUGGUUGAAGGUGGCUCAGCGGGACGUGUUGCCGAUUCCGAAAACGAAAGUGACUCGUCGUCACAGUCCAAAUUGUGCGAAGGUGACACAGACGUCAUAUGUGAUGCCCUGCCAAAGCCAUUGGCGAAUGAAGCUUUUGAUAAGCUUGAAAAGGAGGUUCUUUGGCAGCGAAUGUCCCACCAGGGCGGAGAGGUUCCUCGACUUGUCGCGGUUCAAGGCCGGGUGGACGAAGAUGGCACAAUGCCAGUGUAUCGUCACCCUGCCGACGAAUCUCCGCCCCUGCUGCCCUUUUCCCCUACGGUCCAAGCCAUCAAGGCUGAAAUCGAGAAGCAUCUUGGUCAUCCUCUCAACCAUGUCCUUAUUCAAUUCUACCGUGACGGAAAUGAUUACAUUUCCGAGCAUAGCGACAAAACGCUGGACAUUGUGAAGGGGUCUUAUAUCGCGAAUGUCAGCCUUGGAGCGGAAAGAACCAUGAUACUAAGAACUAAGAGGCUGGAAAAGGAUCUUUCUGGGACGGCAGCAGCAGAAGCAGCAGGCAAAGAGGAGAAGCGAAAGAUUCAGCGCGCUCGGCUUCCUCACAACUCACUCUGUCGCAUGGGCCUGCAGACUAAUAUGAAGUGGCUGCACGCCAUCCGACGAGACAAGCGCGCAGAUCGCGACAAGUCAGCUGCGGAACUGGCGUAUUCAGGGCGCCGUAUAUCGCUUACAUUUAGACACAUUGGAACGUUUCUGGAUCGUGAUGAGACCAUCAUCUGGGGUCAAGGGGCAACAGGCAAGACUCGCGACACCGCGCAUCCCAUAAGCAACGGCCAGAGCUCUGAGGCUGUUAAAAUGAUCCAGGCGUUCGGCACAGAGAAUCAUGCCUCGGACUUUGACUGGUCUGCUCAUUACGGCCGUGGUUUCGACGUUUUGCAUAUAAGCAAUUCCCCUAGGUUCUUUGCUUCCGCAGACCCAUUAGUGAAUAUGCGCAUUACACUUAUGCUGGCCGAGUAUGGCAUUAAGUAUGCCAAGGGUAGCAUGGCUUCUGGCUCCGAAUCCCAUAACGAGAACCAAAACAACCCGCCAGCACUAUGGUCUCUUCCCAUAAAGUUCAUUGAUAAUGAUGCUGCUAAAUCCGUCGUUCAUGGCGACAUGGCUAUUAUGCUAUACCUUUACUCGCGCUAUGGUCCAGGCCGUGUCACUGGCUCAGGAGCCACCACUCGAAAUCCAUCAGACCUUGCCAGACUGUUCAGCCAGUUUCAGCAAGGAAUGAAUCUGUUCAAUAUCUGGCGCCAGCUGAGGUGCGAUGGAAGUACAGGGACUCGUGCCGGAGCACUACCUGUGACAUUGAAACAGGAGCUUGCUGUUUGGGACAGCUACGUUGUCGACGACCUGAAAAAUGAGCGAGUUCCAUUCCUAUGUGAAGAUUCACUGACCCUUCCUGACUUUGUCGUCUGGCCAACUUUGUAUUCCAUCGUAGAAAAAUACGGCUCAGAAGUAGCAUUUAAAGGUCUAGACGGAUUGCAGAAGUAUUAUGAGGCUGUUCGACAGUUGGACAAUGUUGUUACGGCUGUAGGAAAUCGCUAG